AUGGCAUCCGAAGCAGAGAAAACAUUCCAGCGGUUCGCUGUCUUCGGAGACUCCUCUAGCAGUGGCGCUGAAAUAAACAAAAAGAACUUCUCCAAGCUAUGCCAGGACUGUGGUAUCACGGAUGGCAAGACGGUCACCUCUGCGGAUGUGGACACUGUGUUCAACAAAGUCAAGGCCAAGGAUGCCGGAACCAUCACGUUUCAGCAGUUCACGGAAGCAAUGAAGGAACUGAGCCAGAAGCGCUUCAAGGAAAAGAGCCCAGACCAAGGCCUACAGGACAUUUAUCAACUCAUGGAGGGCAAGAAUCCAGCCACCACCAGUGCCUCAAGGGUGGGUGCCGUGGAUCGUCUCACCAACACCAGCAAGUACACCGGCAGCCACCAGGAGCCCUUGGACGACAGUGGCAAGGGCAAAGACACUGCAGGAAGGGACACCACCACUGAUAACUCAGGCUAUGGGAGGGGUCCCAAGGGACCUACGACUAGAAGAAUUAGACCGGAGCCUCCUCUGGGCCUCCAAGCCCCCCUCACCCUGCAUCUUUAA